AUGUCUCUCCCCGACACCGUUAUUAUCGACGAUAGCGAUCCCAGCGUCGUUUACGAGGAGGGAAAAUGGGUGACGGAUACUUCCUCCCUGAAUUACACAGUUAACGGCAGGCCGUUCAACAACACAGUUCAUACCACUUUCCAACGGGCAUUUUUUACAAUAACAUUUCAAGGAAAUGAAAUCGACCUGUGGGGACUCUCAUCGUCUCCAGAUGUAUGGGUUGACCACCCAGACGUAGAAGAUGCACGUCUUGCAUCAGAUAUACCGUAUAAUGGUUCACUGUAUGGUGUUUCAACAGUUCCAGUUUCUAAUUGGUCACCAACGUUUGGAGUAAGAGCUGCUCCUCGGGAACAGCCACGUUUUCGCUUCUGUGUCGGAUAUUAUCAGUCUGUGGGAUGGGUGUCAGGUACAAUAUACAGUCUGAGAGUUACAGUCAAUGGGACCGAAGACAACCCAGUCUCAUUUGAUUUCGCCAGAUUCGCCCCUGCAGGGUUUUCAAAACCGGAGGAAAUGACGACGGGGGUUAUGGAGUAUAUAUUUCAUAGCAAUGGCGGAUACGGAGGGAAUAACGAGGCUCAUCCGGAGGAUUGGGAAAACCCUUAUUUAUUCAACAUAACAACAUCAGAUGCUCCCUAUACAUUCAAUUUUACAGGUACAUCAGUUGCUGGACUGGGUGGAAAUGGAAUAAAUGAUUCGCACAUACCAGCUAUGGCAUCAUAUUCCAUAGAUGGCGGAGACCCCGCCAAUUUUACAGUCAAUAAUUUAGCAACGUCAGUACUAAAUACCAUAAAGGGGCAGACAAUAUUUCAAACCCACCAAGUACCGCCUGGAGACCACAGCAUUAAGAUUGUCUAUCACGGAAAUAGCACCACUACCCCACUCUCUCUAUCAUCCCUCCUUGUGACCGGCGCACAAAGAAUUCUGAGCGUCGACCCCCCUCCACCAGGGCAAUCGUCGUCAUCUAUGGUUCCACAACCGUCUCCUACGACUCGUAUACCACCAAUUGCACAUCAUAAAGCAUCGCCCAGAGGGGGUAUUUCACGAAUACCAGUCAUUGCAAUUUCAAUAUCUGUCUGCAUCGUGGUCGCACUGUUAUGCUUCAUAGGAUUCUUGCUUUACCGGAGGAGACAACGUCGCCUGAAAUCAAAGCGCUUUUCCUCUUACAGUAUUGAUCCUGGUCCUGUUGCGAUGGCAAUUGUUCCAUUCCUCGAUUAUUCUGCUGUUUCACUACUUAACGAAGACUCGGAUGGCGAGGUUUCUAAGAAUACAAGCUUCAGUAUCCCUGGGGAAUCACAAGCACAGGCCGGCGCGCUAGUGGAAACCCAGAGAGCUUUGUCACCUUUACCAGCAUCAUUGGCACUCGUUCGAGUUGUUACCCGAGUACAUGAGGACAGUGGGUUAUUACCUUUUCGGCCAGAGGGGCAGGUGGUAGUAGUAGACAUUCCACCAUCAUACACAAGCUUAGGUGACCAAGCUCAGAGGGAAGAUGUGCAUGGAGAAGUAGUUCAUUUAUUGAAACCCUGUCCAAGCUAUGACUCGUAG